CAGCUCACCCACUCCGCCCGAAUUCCGAGGCGGGAACGGGGGUCACACCGGGGAUCCCCUCCUGCAGGGUGUACGGUGCCCGUCCCUCUCUAACUCCUGCCCCCCAGCCCAGCUCUAAUCACGCGUGGGGUCUCCGUGCCUGCCCGACGUUAUCCCUCCGGGAGACAACACCGCCUGUUCCCUAACCCUACUGCACACGCCUUUCCCCACCCCCGGGGGGCAGUCAGGGAUCGCCCCGCUCCCCAAACUUCCUUUCCCGACCCCAGGCGUCCCUGACGCCGCGCCCAGACACCCGCUCCCAACAGGAACACUUACCUCUUGUAGGGGGCAAAUAUUGGGGUUCCCUCCACAGUCCCCAGGCUUACCCAAUCUAGGGGACUCUGCGCCGGGACACUGCGAUGGACGACAUAUUCACUCAGUGCCGGGAAGGCAACGCGGUUGCCGUGCGCCUGUGGUUGGACAACACCGAGAACGACCUCAACCAGGGGGAUGAUCAUGGCUUCUCCCCCUUGCACUGGGCCUGCCGGGAGGGCCGCUCUGCUGUGGUUGAGAUGCUGAUCAUGCGGGGCGCACGGAUCAAUGUAAUGAAUCGUGGAGAUGACACCCCCCUGCAUCUGGCAGCAAGCCACGGACACCGGGAUAUUGUUCAGAAGCUGCUGCAGUACAAGGCUGACAUCAAUGCAGUGAAUGAACACGGGAAUGUACCUCUGCAUUAUGCCUGCUUUUGGGGUCAAGACCAGGUGGCAGAGAGCGAGCAGAGAAGAUGGGUCAGAAUCUCAACCGAAUUCCAUACAAGGACACAUUUUGGAAGGGGACCACCCGCACUCGGCCCCCUCUGGAAGGGCCGCUGGCAGGGCAAUGACAUUGUUGUGAAGGUGCUAAAGGUGCGAGACUGGAGUACCAGGAAGAGCAGGGACUUCAAUGAGGAGUGUCCCCGGCUCAGGAUUUUCUCGCAUCCAAAUGUUCUCCCAGUGCUAGGAGCCUGCCAGUCUCCACCUGCUCCUCACCCCACCCUCAUCACACACUGGAUGCCAUACGGAUCCCUCUACAAUGUCCUGCAUGAAGGCACCAACUUCGUUGUGGACCAGAGCCAGGCUGUGAAGUUUGCACUGGACAUGGCAAGGGGCAUGGCCUUCUUACACACAUUAGAACCCCUCAUCCCACGGCAUGCACUCAAUAGCCGUAGUGUCAUGAUUGAUGAGGACAUGACUGCCCGAAUAAGCAUGGCUGAUGUCAAGUUCUCUUUCCAGUGCCCUGGGCGCAUGUAUGCGCCUGCCUGGGUGGCCCCUGAAGCUCUGCAGAAGAAGCCUGAAGACACGAACAGACGCUCGGCAGACAUGUGGAGUUUUGCAGUGCUUCUGUGGGAACUGGUGACACGGGAGGUGCCAUUUGCUGACCUCUCCAACAUGGAGAUUGGCAUGAAGGUGGCGCUGGAAGGCCUUCGGCCUACAAUCCCACCAGGCAUUUCCCCCCACGUGUGUAAACUUAUGAAGAUUUGCAUGAACGAGGACCCUGCUAAACGACCCAAGUUUGACAUGAUUGUACCCAUUCUGGAGAAGAUGCAGGACAAGUAGGGCUGGAACAUGCCUGCCUGAACUCCAGAAGUAUCAGGACACGGUUGGGGGAAAGUGCAUCUCCCCCAAAACAGUAGGCCUCUGGAUGCCUGCCCUGCCUCCAGUCAUGGUACUACCCCAGCCAUGGGACCCAUCCCUUGUCCCCAUCCCUACCACUGUGGCCCCCAAAGGGCUGGGCUCAAAGCUUUGCCACUGGUCACACGGUGUCUCCCGGCAUGGGAGGGAUCAGCCCCGCCUGUCACAAUAAAGUUUAUUAUGAAAACAG